CACUCUCUCUCGGUACCGGACCGCAAUGAUUUAGAAGUUCAGGAAUCCCACGUGACGUCACCGUCGGGGUGAUGUAAUGCUGCUGUAAAUAGAUCGUAUUGUCAUCCCGCUCCAGUCCAACGUGGUUCCUCCGCGGUGCGCCGCUCGUCCAGCCUCUCCCGCUCGUAGCUAUAGUCCGCGUGAGGUGCCGUCACUGAGCGGACGGGUUUCUUGUGUCUAUUUGGGGGGUGUGACAGCAGCCUUCACACAGCCGCGGCCGGCUUGUUUGCGAGCUGAACAGGUGGUGGGAGUGGAGGAGAGGGACGCGCCGGCUUUCACGGUUCCUCCUGACAGAAGCAGAACCUUUACAGUUGAGCUGAAUGAGCUGCAUGCCUUGCUGUUGUCAAACAUGGCAACUCUGACAAACAGCUUGUGUAUGACAUGAAUGACAAACAGGACAGGCUGUAUGUGUGCGGCGCUCCUGGAUGCUCUCAGAGCUUCCAGCUGGAGGAGCACCUGAUUAUCCACAGGCACAAGCAUGAGAUGACGCUCAAGUUUCCCUCCAUCAAGGCGGACGCAACUUUUACAGACCAGACUCCGACUCCRACGCGAUUCCUGCAGAACUGUGAGGAGGUGGGUCUGUUCAAGGAGAUCGAGGAGGAGUUUCUUCAGGAGCAGGAGGAGGAGAAAAACAAAAAGACGCUUUCCCACAAUGGGCCGCCCUGUACGAACCGGCACCACCUCAAACCCCAGCUUCAGCUCCAGCACCCUCCCCAGCCUCAGCCUCAGCACCCUCAACCACUGCAUCAUCCUCAGGCCCUCGGCCCAAUGAUGGCACCGAGCUGCAGCCUGGCUGCCCAGCAAGCCCUGUCCUGCUCCUCCACCUCCUCCCAGUCCGGUUCGGUCAUCACGUCCACCCUAACACAUUCAGGGCCCGUUCCCGGUCCGCUGUCCUGCCACCUCCACAUGCGAAACAGACCCAGACAACCUCUGCCCGCCUCCUUACCCGGCUCCCUGCCAGACCCCGCCAUGCAAGGGGCAUCUGCUCAGCACAUGACGAUAGAAAAGCAGAUGUCUUGUGUGAUAGGUGUCCCCGCCCCUGGACACAACCCCUCCUGCUCUUCACCUCAGAGAGCCAAACAGACGAUGAGCCAUCAUUACCAGCAGCAACACCCAGGACUGGUCAACAUCAACAACCCAGCAGCGUCCAUGAAUCCCAUGAUGCUGCCACAGCGCCUUCAUGCACCUCCCCUACAGCAACAUCCCCAUCAUCAUCAUCACCAUCAUCACCACCAGCAGCAGCAGCAACCGCAGCUUCCAGCUCCACCCCUCACUUAUCAACAGCGUUGUCAUGCUCCGCCCCCACAGCACCGGGGAAGCAGCCGAGGCCACCAGCUUCUCCACUCAGGGAACGUCCCGCCCACUCACUGUCACCAGUCCCCGCCCUCACGCCUGCAGCAGAGCUCGCCACCCGCACCGCCACAGUUAUCACCAGUUGCRCAACAUAUGCAGCCCUCCCAGCCACCCCACCCUCAGCACGCGGUGCAGGCCGGUGGCAGCUGCAGCGGCGGCGGAGGCAACCGUCGCAGAAGGACGACAGAGCUCGACCCCGACGAACGGAGGCAGAAGUUCCUGGAGCGGAACCGAGCUGCCGCCACCCGCUGCCGCCAGAAGAGGAAGCUGUGGGUGUCGUCACUGGAAAAGAAGGCCGAGGAGCUGACGCACACGAACCUGCAGCUCCAGAACGAGGUGACGUCGCUGAGGUCAGAGGUCGGCCAGCUGAAGCAGAUCCUGCUCACCCACAAGGAUUGUCCCGUCACCGCUCGGCAGCGAGAGGCACAGGGGUACCCCACUGCAGGGGUGAGUCCAGGAGGAAGCCCCACCACCCCUGCAGACCCCGAGUCUCACCUGCAGGCCAUCCAGCACAACAGCAUUUCCACCUCCUCGGCAGCCAGAGGCGACACGCUCCCUGGAGUCUAACCCCUAAAUGCUGAACUGGAUGAGGGUGCAAAAUGACAAAAACUGUGACGGUCACAUCGAAACACAACCACGCCUUUUUGCUCUUCAAUUUUGCACUAGUUUCGAAAAACAAGCAACCCUUUAAACAGUCUAUCAGUGUACAUUUCUAACUGAGCAGCUGCUAUUGCACACCUUAUGCCAUUUAUUUAAAGCGAAAAGCUUGCAGUUCAUUUUACAACUGUGUUUGUUUAUACAUAUAUAAAAAAAAUCAAGGUAAGAUAAAAAUGUUUUUUUAAUCUUGAAAUUUCAUAACCUUGUAAAUAAAAGUUAGUCAAAUCCACAGUGUUUCUUCAAAAGCACUUUUUUGUAAUACAACCAAGCCACUAAACUGGUAUAAACUGCAAUUUAUGUCGGAAAUUCUGUCCGGUAAUUUACACUUCACUCACGUUUUGUAUUGUAAAGAUGUGGCUGUAAAUCUAAUGCUCCAAUAAAAAGACUUAUUCUGGUA